AUGAGCACUCUCGAUAGCACUCAGGUCGCCAACACUCUUCGCCGCCUGUUUGGCGACAUGGCCAACGACAAGCAGCGCAUCGGCGAGCUCCGCGAGAAGUUCAUCAAGGAGGGCCUCAUCUCGCCCGACGAGGACCUCAAGCAGCUGGUCGUCCGCUUGUCGCGGGAGGACUACAAGGCACUCUACACCGGCAUGCUCAGCCAGCUCUACCUGGCCGUCAAGCCCGAAUUCGGCAAGAUGCUCUACAUGCUCGCCCUUGCGCGCAACGCCACCAACAUCGUCGAGUUCGGCACCUCGUUCGGCGUUUCGACCAUCCACCUCGCCGCCGCGCUACGCGACAACGGCGGGCGCGGCAAACUGAUCACGACCGAGUUCGAGCCCGGCAAGGUGGCCCAGGCCAAGCGCAACCUCGAGGAGGCCGGGCUGGUCGACCUGGUCGAGUUCAGGGAGGGCGACGCGAUGCAGACCCUGCAGACCGAGCUGCCCGCAACGAUCGAUCUGGUGCUGCUCGACGGGGCCAAGAACCUCUACGUGCCCCUGCUCAAGCUGCUGGAGCCGAGGCUCAAGCGCGGCGCCCUGGUGCUGGCCGACAACGCCGACUUCGAGCCCGACUACCUGGCCUACGUGCGCGACCCCGCCAACGGCUACGUCUCGCUCGACCUGGCCCUCGAGCAGGGCAACGAGAUGUCGGUCCGCGUCGUCGAUUCGGCCUAA